AUGGAUGUUCCAAUCAUGGUUGGAGAUUGCUACAUCCCUGCUGAUUUUGUAGUUCUUGAGCUGGAACACCAACCUAAAGACCCUCUUAUCUUGGGAAGGCCAUUCCUAGCUACUGCAGGAGCUAUAAUAGAUGUCAAGAAUGGAAAGAUUGACUUGCAUCUUGGAGAUAUAGUGAUGAAUUUCGAAGUAAACAAGUCUAUGGAGAAACCAACUGUAGAUGGUCAAGCUUUUUGGAUUGGAGAGCUCGCAGAGACAAGAGAAGAAGUGCUGGAUGAACUCCUUCUUAUUGAUCCCUUGGAGCUAGCUUUGACAAAGGCUGAGAAUGAGUAUGGAUACAUGGAAAGAGAAGCUCAAUGCUUAGUCAAGUUCAUGGAUUCAAAGGAAGCUUAUAAAGAGCUGAUAGCUUAUAUGGACUUAGAGAGAGAAGAGGAAGAGCCAGACAUUGACAAGAAGAAAUCACAAACCAAGUUAAGAAUCUCACCUGAACUAUGCACACAUCGCAUCAUCCUGGAGGAUGAGUCUAGUUCUUCAAUUGAACACCAAAGGAGGCUAAACCCAAACCUAAAGGAAGUUGUCAAGAAGGAGAUAAUGAAGCUAUUGAAAGCUGGAGUGAUUUAUCCAAUAUCAGAUAGUGCAUGGGUCAGCCCUGUACAUGUCGUGCCAAAGAAAGGAGGGAUCACAGUCAUCAAGAAUGAACAUGAUGAGCUCAUUCCAACAAGAACAAUCACUGGACACAGAAUCUACAUUCCAAAGGUGUAUGAUGUCCAUAUUCACAGAUCUAUAGAAGAGAUUAUGGAGGUUUUCAUGGAUGAUUUCUCAGUAUAUGGUUCUUCCUUUGAAUCAUGUUUGGGGAAUCUUGGAAGAGUGCUACAGAGAUGUGAAGACAAGCACCUAGUUCUAAAUUGGGAGAAGUGCAUUUAUGCCGCCCAAGACAGUAAAGAUAUCAGAAGCUUCCUAGGACAUGCUGGAUUCUACAGGAGGUUCAUUAAAGAUUUCUCACAGAUAGCAAGGCCGCUAACACGCCUACUAUGCAAGGAUAUUAACUUUGAGUUCACAGAGGAGUGUCACAAGGCUUUCACUAAGAUCAAAGAUGCAUUGGUCAGUGCGCCAGUGGUUCAACCUCCAAACUGGGAACUACCUUUUGAGAUAAUGUGUGAUGCAAGUGAUUAUGCAGUAGGAGCAGUGCUUGGACAAAGAAAGGACAAGAAGCUACAUGUGAUCUACUAUGCCAGCAGAACACUUGAUGAGGCACAAUGCAAGUAUGCCACAACAGAAAAGGAGCUUCUAGCUAUUGUCUUUGCAUUUGAGAAAUUUCGAUCAUACUUGGUGGGAUCGAAAGUUAUAGUUCAUUCUGAUCAUGCAGCAUUAAGGCCAUCACAGCCAGGAACAAAGAUCUCAUCAUCAAACACACCAUGGUUUCGCCACAUAGCAAACUUCCUUGCAGCUGAAUACCCACCACCAAACUUCUUUGGCUACAGAAAGAAGAAAUUUCUGCGUGAUGUAAGAAGGUAUUACUGGGAUGAACCUUACUUAUACAAGAAAUGUUCAGAUGGAAUGUUUAGAAGAUGCAUCCCUGAGGAAGAAGUAGAAGGAAUAUUGUUUGCUUGUCAUAGUUCUAGCUAUGCAGGCACUUUGCCACUUACAAGACAGUAUCCAAGAACAGAUGAGGAAUUCCGUCUUCAUAAUCUCCAAGGAGACCUGGAUCUAAAGACUAUGGGGACGCCACGAAGGAGGAAGACGUCUCUACCCAACUGUGAGGACCCAUUCCCUUGUAAGAAGAAACAGUGA